AUGUCUGGUAAUUUGCGCAACGCUUCAGCGCUACACACGAACGAUGUAUUUUCAUCGCAAUCAUCGAGCGCUCCGAUACCAACAACUCAAGCACAUAGUUUUAACUUCCCUAAGAAAUUGCUAGACUUGCCUGAUUUUAGCGGUAGGUCAGAAGACUGGCCCGUAUUUUAUGCAGCCUUUAUGGAGUCGACGGCGGCAUAUGGGUAUAGUAAUUUUGACAACAACCAGCGUCUUCAAAAGUGUUUAAAAGGCGAUGCGCGCGAGACGGUGAAAUCGUUGCUGAUCCACCCUAACAACGUCGGAUGCAUUAUUGAACAGUUGAAGUUCAGGUUUGGGCGCCCAGGGCAACUGGUUCGUAGUCAGUUAGCACAGGUUAAGGAAAUAGCGCCAAUUCCCGAGAACCUUUUGAGUAAGCUAAUACCGUUUGCGACCAAAGUAAAAAACAUUUGUGCUUUCUUGCAGUCAGCUGGCGCCGAACAUCAUAUCUCCAAUCCGAUGUUGCUUGAUGAACUUAUCGCGAAGUUACCCAUGAGCAAACGCAUUGAGUGGGGCAGGUACGCGACUGUUCUGCAGAUGCGAGCUACUACACUACAUUUCAGUGAUUGGCUUACAUCACUUGCCAACGUUAUAUGCACGGUUAACGAUGAAUGUCAAGAUGCCGCUCGUGAGCCCAAACGUCGCAUGUUACUCCAUUUGGACGAGACGAUUUCGAGAAAAUGCCCGUUAUGCCAGGGCCAGCACAAGCCAGCUGACUGCAAGCGCCUAAUUGAAGUAACGGUGAGCGAUCGAUGGACCGAAGUUAAAUCGAGGCGAUUAUGUUUCGCCUGCCUGAAUGCGGGUCACAGUACCAGCAAUUGCAGAAGACGUAAGGUUUGUGGUAUCGAUGGGUGCAAACGGUCACAUCACAGAUUGCUCCAUGAGUCCCUGUCAGAGCGCCCGUCAGCUCCCUCCACGUCAUCGUCACGAAGCGCCGCCCGCUCUGCGUCAUCACGGUCUACGUCGCCACCGAACAAUCCUCAUCAGCAACCGCCUGGCGAUAAAGGAGCAACAGUACUAAGUUGUGCUACCAACUCUCCAGAGAAAAAGCUGCUUGAUCGCAUCCAGCCGGUCACGUUAUACGGAAAGCAACGCCGCGUCGACACCUACGCUUUACUCGAUGAGGGAUCAUCUAUAACGAUGCUCCUGCCGAUACAAAGCCUUAGCCGCACCGAUUUAAUACUGGACGACAAAGAAGUGCGGCAUAUGCCAGUGCAGCCCCAAUCCGGUGCGACCCCACGACUCCUCAUCGGCAUAGACAAUUGCCACUUGGGUUUAUCAUCGACCACCGAACUAGGCUGGGUGGUGUUCGGUCCAGUUAGUAAAUGCUCGCCUUCGCCUAUAACGUGCCUAUUUGUGAAGUCCAGUCGGGAUGAAGCGCUUCAUAACAUGGUCGCUAAUUUUUUGGAGACUGAGAGCUUUGGUGUGAGACCAUUGCCACUUAUCGAAAGCGAGGCCGACAUCCGUGCACGAGCCAUCUUGGAGUCGACAACCUGUUGUGUUGGAUCACGCUUCCAAACUGGACUGCUAUGGAAGCACGACGACGAUCAAUUGCCAGAUAGCUACGGAAUGGCGCUCAAUAGGUUAAGGAGCGUUGAAAGAAAAAUGAGUCGUGAUGUUGGAUUUUCUGUCGCCUAUAAGCAAAUCAUUGACAGCUACGUUGAGAAGGGCUACGCGCGUAGACUCACAACGUCAGAGCUCGCUUUGUCGAUGCCAUGUAACUGGUACUUGCGGCAUUUCGCGGUAGUGAAUCCCAACAAGCCGUCCAAACUGCGAAUCGUGUUCGACGCUGCCGCCGAGGUCAAUGGUAUCUCCUUAAACAGUCGUCUACUUAAGGGGCCACAAGAAUACAAACCGUUGCCGUUUAUUCUUUUCCGGUUCCGUGAAAGGCCAGUUGGCUUGUGUGGCGACAAUAGGAAAAUGUUCCACCAAGUGCUUGUACGCCCAGAGGAUAGACGCGCCCAGAGAUUUUUAUGGCGGGACGGUGACUAUGUCCGAACUCCCGAUGUGUACGAGAUGCGCGUGAUGACGUUUGGAGCUGAUUGCUCACCUUGUGCGGCCCACUACGCUAAAACACGAAACGCGUUAGAACACGGCAGCGACAGCCGCUAUACAGCCCGCGCUGUAACCGCUAUUUUAGAAAAUCAUUAUGUGGACGACUUCGUACAUAGCUUCAACUCGCCAAGGGAAGCCAUCAACAUCGGGGCACAGGUAAGAGCGAUUCACAUGGGCGCCGGCUUCGAGCUUCGCAAUUUUACAUCGAACUCGACGGAGGUGGUUGCUGCAUUGGAUGGCGUUGACGUCGAUAAGGCUAUUGCGGUAAAGAACGGUCUGGGCACUGAGCGGGUAUUGGGUUUGCAUUGGAACUCAACGACUGACAACUUUAAAUUUCGACUCAAGUUCAAUAACGUGAGUGAAGCGGUGAUGAGCGGUACUAGAUGUCAUACGAAGAGGGAGCUCCUCAGUGUGGUCAUGUCCAUAUUUGAUCCGCAGGGGCUCCUGGGUAACUUUGUUGUCACGGCGAAGCUGCUAAUGCGAGAGGUGUGGAGACAUGAAACGCGCUGGGAUGAGCCACUUCCAGUCAACAUUGGUGCGUCAUCGGAAAAGUGGCGGAAGCAACUGCCAUCGGAAAUCAGGUAUACCUGUCCUCGAUUAUACUUCCGCAAGGGUGCGCCGGAAAUACUACAGCUACACACAUUUGUUGACGCCAGCGAGAACGCCUUUGCUGCCGUCACGUAUUGGAGAGCCAAGAACGCUCGCGGUGAGGUGGAGGUUGCCUUCAUUUGCGCGAAAUCUGAGUGCGCUCCAUUUAAGCCGCUUACUAUACCGCGCUUAGAGCUGCAAGCUGCCGUUCUAGGGACGCGGCUACAACAAUCCGUAUGCGAAGCACACUCCUUUAAACCCGACAAACGUUUUCUUUGGUGUGAUUCAUCGACGGUUAUUAAAUGGGUUCGAAGCGAGCACCGUAAAUAUAAGCCGUUUGUUCAGCACAUAAUUGUUGAAGUUUUAGCCAGCACUCAAGUGUCCGAGUGGCGAUGGAUACCUACGGUAGAAAACUUGACCGACGAAGCCACGCGCGCGAACCAUGCAAAUCGCGUUUCGACCUACUGCGCGCUGGGUACAAG